UCCUCAUCUAUAAACCCAUAUCCUUCCAAAUAAUCCGAUCAGCGAGCAACCAUGGCCGGAGAGAUCUUCGUAAUUUCAGCAGCCGGGCAAGGCCACCUCCAACCCUGUAUGGAGCUCUGCAACCACCUCCUCUCUCUCCACUACCACACCACCAUCGUCAUCCCCUCCUCUCUCUCCUCCGCCAUUCCCUCCUCCUUUUCCCAAAACCCACUCUCCCAAAUCGUCCCCGUCACCGCCUCUUCCGACCCUCCCCGACCCGGACCCGACCCGCUCCGCCAGCAAGCCGCCCUCGACCUCGACCGCCACCUCGCCGCCCGCCCCGCCUCCGCUCCCCGCCCUCUCUGCGCCGUCAUCGACUUCCAGAUGGGCUGGACCAAGGAGGUCUUCUGGAAAUUCGACAUCCCCGUCGUCGGAUUCUUCACCUUCGGCGCGUGCGCCGCCGCCAUGGAGUGGGGAGCGUGGAAGGUCCAAGCCGCCGACCUCCGCCCCGACGAGAUCCGCCCCAUUCCCGGCCUACCGGACUCAAUGUCUCUCACUUAUUCCGAUCUCAAACGCAAGUCCGGCGGUCCGCCACGUGGCGGUCCCGGCGGCCCGAAAGGUCCGCCGGGCGGAGGCAAAGGAGGUGGAGGAGGAGGAGGUCCGCCGAAACCGGGGAACCGACCGCCGUGGGUCCCGGAGGUGGAAGGCUCCGUAGCGCUGAUGUUCAACACGUGUGACUAUCUGGAGCGUCCGUUCAUCGACUACAUGACCGAUCAAAUGGGGAUUCCGACGUGGGGAGUGGGCCCGCUCUUACCGGAAUCAUACUGGCGGCCGUUGGAUUCUUCGAUCUCCCACCGUCAGAUCAGAGCCCAGCAGCGGCAAUCGAACUACACCGAAAACGACGUCGUGGGAUGGCUGGACGCAAAGCCCGGCGGGUCGGUGCUGUACGUGGCGUUCGGGAGUGAAGUGGGCCCGACAGCGGAAGAGUACCCGCAGCUGGCCAGCGCAUUGGAGGAGACAACCGGGCCGUUUAUCUGGGUCAUCCAAUCCGGGGCAGGGGGGUCCGAACCCGGGUACUACCCUGACGGGUUGGAGAGCAGAGUAGGAGAGAGGGGUUUGAUAAUAAAGGGAUGGGCGCCACAGCUGGUGAUACUGAGCCACCCAUCAACCGGUGGUUUCUUAUCACAUUGUGGCUGGAACUCAACCGCCGAGGCAUUGGGCCGGGGCGUGCCCUUUUUGGGCUGGCCGGUGAGAGGUGAUCAAUACUUUAAUGCUAAAUUGGUGGUGAACUAUCUCAAGGUCGGGUACAGAGUUGCGGAGGAUUUGUCGGAGAUGGUUAGGAAGGAGGACAUUGUGAGAGGAAUAGAGAGGCUGAUGGGGGAUGAGGAAAUGAAGAAGAGGGCGGUGGCGAUAAGGGAGAAGUUUGAGGAUGGGUUUCCGGCCAGCUCCAAGGCCGCAUUGGAUGCUUUUGGUGAUUUUAUUACUAGCCAAAAAGCAACUUAGAAGUUAUAUACAUGAAUGUUGUGAUGUGUUUGUUGUGUGCUGCAUGUAGUAUGCUUGAUUUGAUGCUCUGUGGCUGCAUUUAGUCCGACUCUUGUUGACUGACGCAGCAUGCUUGAGUGUUUAAGAGGUUAUGUAUAGUUUGUGAGACCUUGUGCUAAUUGCUUCACCAAGUAAAAAGCUCAGUGGCUCAGUAAUGUUAUAAAUAGUUUGGGUGUAUUAACUUUUGUAAUAUGUUGGUAUUGAAUAAUUCUAC